AUGACCACCCUGCCCCCACUGCCCAUGACACGCCCAAAGCUUACCUCUUUAGCCAGACAGAAGCUGCCAUGUUCCCCCGGCACAAUUCCAAGGUCUCAAUUGAUCAAAGAAAAAGAUGACAUAGAUCAUUACCUGGAGGUGAAUUUCAAAGGAUUGUCAAAAGAGGAGGUUGCUGC